AUGGCAAACGGAGCUCUUCCACAGACUCUCAAGUCUAUCACUGCCACAAAAAUCAGUGAACUCUCAAAGCAACGCGCUCUAUUUGAUCUGCGCAAAACCGAAAUUCUCGCAGUUGCCAAGGCAGCCCCAGACCUGCGCACCCAUGCUCAGGCUUUGCUGGAUGGAAUAUCACGCCUCAAGGGAUUCCGCAAGGAUUCACUCGACAAAGAUGACGUAGAUUUAGAUGCUGAUUCCUUUGAUGAGGAAUCAGAAGACAAACUCACUUCACGAGGAGUCGGUCGGUUGCAACCAGAAGAUCAUACCAACAUCCGUCGCUUUCUUCUACAAAGUCGCCACGACCCUUCCAUCUCCCAGGCAGCUCUACAGGAUCGUAUCGAUCAGCUUGAAAAGGAGCUGCGGUAUCUUGAGAUAAAGCACGAGCACGGUGCUUUCUACAGCAAUUUGGUCAAAGAGUGGUUGUCGGAAUUGGAUGGAAGCAUUACUUCCACUGCGAAUGAAUCCCAAGCCACUGAAUCCGACCCAACCUUCGAAAAAGUUGGGCGGGCAGAAAUGCACGAGCAACGCGCGACUUGGGAGUCCUUGGUUUUUAAUGCUGCGACCCAUGUCAACGAAGACGCAAUCCGGUCCUACCUCAAUGGUCUUUUCACCCAAACCAAGCUUUCUCAACAGGCACUCAAGGAUCUUCGAUCGAAUAUCCAAUCGUUUGGCACAUAUCUGAUCUCAAAGGGCGAGUGGCUCGAUGUCGACGAACUCAAAUGGGUCUCUGCUGCACUGCUUAAGAGCGACAUCCUCAGUGAUGAAAAGACAACCGUUUUGAAAGAGUUCAUGCGGAACGCCGAGGUUGCCCAGGAGGUGGCAGAUGUGCUCAACAUGCGCAUUGCCUCGCUCGAGAGCUGGACAUGGACGGGAGACGCCGAUGGCAUUUCGCUUGAAAUGCGCCGUCAGCUCAACGGUAAAUACCGGAUUUUCAUGGAUGAAGACCUUCUUGAUGCCCUUCUGCUACAGUAUAUCGGGACAAAAUGGGCUGUCAAGCUUCGGGAGGUAUUUGAGACAUUCCUACGUUCCAACGCUUGGAAGACCUUGCAGGAAGAUAUCCCCGAAGAGCACAAGGAAAUGCGCAAGUACUUCCUUGGCCGAGAAGCCAACUCAGACUCCGGCAAGAUCAAUGAGAUUCGAUGGAAGACAUACACCGACCAAUAUUUCAUGAGUCAACUCCCAGGUUCAACCGAUGAAGGCGUACGGGAAUACGAUGCCGCAGAGUCCGACACAAAGAACGUCCUGGAUGCAAAGCAUUCCCUUCUACACCUCCUGAUCACAGAGUCUAUCAUCCAUAAGCAUCAGCACGGAGACUUUACUGCAGUCCGGUCGGACUUUGAGUGGUUUGGCCCUUCAAUGCCCCAUGCCACCAUGCUCACCGUGCUCAAGUUCUUUGGGGUCUCCGAGCUGUGGAUCAAGUUUUUCGCAGUGUUUUUGGAAGCUCCACUCAAAUUUGACCAAGAUGGAGCUGAUGCCUCUGUUCAAAUCCGCAAGCGUGGCAUUCCAAUGAGUCAUACGCUCGGUGACUGCUUCGGAGAAGCCGUUCUCUUCUGUAUGGACUAUGCAGUCAAUCAGGCUACCGAUGGCGCCUUCCUGUACCGGCUUCAUGAUGACUUUUGGUUCUGGGGCGCAGAGAACACUUGCAUCAAGGCAUGGCAGGCAAUGGAGCAGUUUAGCCAGGUAAUGGGUCUGAGGUUUAACGCGGAGAAGACUGGAACUGUGCAGAUGGGCUUGAAUGACACCCCAAAGGAAUCUGCCCUUCCCACUGGUGACAUCCGGUGGGGUUUCCUGGUUCUGGAUGCGAAGAAAGAAAGGUUCAUAAUCGACCAGGCCCAGGUUGACCAGCAUAUCGAAGAGCUUCAACGACAACUUUCAUCCUGCAAAAGUGUGUUCGCUUGGGUACAGGCAUGGAACAGCUAUUUCGGCCGCUUCUUUACAAACAACUUUGCAAAGCCAGCCACUUGCUUCGGUAGGGACCAUAUUGACAUGGCAAUUGCUACCCUGAGUCGCAUCGAACGCACACUCUUCAACAAAAGCUCAGGUGAUAAAAGUCCAUCUGAUCAAAUCAGCGGUGUCACCGACCAUCUACGCACCGUGAUCGCAGAGCGAUUCGAUAUCCACGAUCUCCCUGAUGGAUUCUUCUAUUAUCCCAUUGAACUCGGCGGCUUGGGUCUUCUCAAUCCCUUUAUUACACUACUCGCCAUGCGUGAAAACAUCAAACAGACCCCCCGCAAGCUACUGCACAAGGCCUCUCUGAGUGAUGAGAAAGAAUAUGAGGCAGCGAAGGAAAAUUUCAAAAAGCACGGCUCUGAUGUUGGCAGCCAAUUUUUGAGCAAAUGGGGCGGUGAAUCCAAGUCAUUCAUGUCCCUGGAAGAGUACAACAUGUAUGCGGAAACAUUCAGUCCUUCUCUUGUGGAUGUGUACACGAAACUCACUGAGGUGCCGAGUGAGACGAGCCUGGCUCUGAGUUCGAGCUUUGAAAGGGAGCAAAAUUCCCUUGAUCACAGAUCCUCUAAGGACUCCAUCAAUGCUUACUGGGAAACAAUGACGCCGUACUGGAGAUGGGUGGCGGAGUUGUAUCAUGAAGGGAUGGUUCGUAAUUACGGUAGCCUGGCUGCUGUGAAUCGCGAGUUUAUGCCUCUUGGUGUCGUGAAGACCCUGCGGGAGGGUAAAUUCAGAUGGCAGGGCUAA